AUGUAUAAGACUCGAGUUGGAGCAUGUGUUGAUGGAGCUAAGCCACAGCUUGGAUGUGUUGAGACCGACCCUUCUGGUCGAUUUUCCCUGAUCCACCCAAAAACUCCACCUCCCUCCUCCCUCUUCCCUCCUCCCUCGCUGCCAAAAAAACAAAGAUGUCUUUGUUUACGCGUUCUAUUUUCAACAGGGUACCUGGCACAGUACCCUGUUGAACUCGCCAUCAACAGUGAUUUUAAGGUGUCUGACAUUAAUGGCGCCCUCAUCUUCCAGGUCAAUAGUAAACUAUUAAGCCUACAUGAUCGUUGUCUUCUGAAAGAUGCAGCCGGUAACACCCUUGUCAAUCUCAGGCAGAAGAUAAGGACCAUGCAUGGGAGGUGGGAGGCUUUUAGAGGAGAAAGCAAGGAGAAGAAUGAUUUGCUUUUCACAGCCAAGAAACCAAAGCUGUUCCAAUUCAAGACUGAGUUAGACGUAUUCUUGGGUAAUAACAAAGGAGAGGUCCCUGAUUUCAAGGUCAAAGAAGGCUACAGCGAGAGUUCCUGCUCUAUACUUCUUGGAGAUUCCAAUACCAUGCUUGCACAAGUGCAUGGAAGACACACUCUCGCGAUUAUGCCUAAUGUUGAUUAUGCCUUCAUAAUGGCUCUUGUGGUGGUGAUUCUCGACGAGAUCAAUGCGGCUGAUGAUGGGGACGCCUUCGUUGAGGGUUUUAUCGAGGGUUUUACCGGUUGAGCUAUUUCUUCGGUAUAAAAAAACACGCUCUGUCAGUAAAAGUCAUAGAUAAAAACUGUAUGUCGGCAUAUAGAUCGUCGGUAAUUUUUCUGUGUGGCUAAUUUUAUCGGUAAAAACAAUAAACACUGAUAGUCGUAUAGACAGAAAAAGCACACAAAAAAAAGUUCCACUGGAAAUAUAUCGACGUAAUAAUUUUGUUUGUAUUUCCAACGAUAACUCACCAAUAGAAAAGUUUCGUCAUUGAAUGUGGUAUA